CCGUGUGCUUCUAAACCCAGAUGGAUGGACGGACGGACAUGGAUCAUUGUCUUGAGUGCAAUAUGGGAGGGCAUUCAUUAUCACGAGACGAGAUUAUGGAAACCUAUGGCAGCUUUUCUGUUGGAAAUAUCGAUCAGACUUUCCAUCUUCCGAUAGUUCUGUUCCCACAAAGGAAUGAGGAGGAAUUCCUAACAGUUCAGGUUCCAAACAACUGUAGGCCCAUCUCUAUGGCAAGCCGGGCUUUUCUGAGGUCAUCAUUAGUAGGCCGGGGAUGACAUCAUUAGCUGGUGACGAGUCUCGGGCGCCCCAACGUGGGUCUGGCCGUGACGAUGGAGGCGGCUGAUGUUGAUGGAAUCGUGAGUGCUGCUCCGAAGCUCCUCAUUUGCGAGGAUCUGAUGGCGGUUAGCGGCGGCACGAAGUUCUUCGCCGCUAAUUAUAAAGAGACCAACAGUGAUGAUGUUUUCAUUUAUGACUGUAGUACUGCAAGCAAAAAACUUCAAGAAAAACAAGAAAGUGAGGAUGGAAAGCCACUAGGGAAAACAAAUAAUAUCCUUGCCUGUGCAUUUUCUUCAUCAGGGAAGUAUUUUGUUCUGACUGACGACAACAAACAAUUAAUUCUUUUCUGCACAAAGCCUUCCUGGGAAUGUCUGAGCAUAAGACCUGUCAUGAGAAGAUGUACCUCCCUGAUAAUAACAUCUGCAGAAGACAAAAUUUUGGUUGCUGACAAAUCUGGCGAUGUGUAUUCUUAUUCAAUAAUAGAACCCAAAAAUGCAGGAACAAUUGAGCUUGGACACUUGUCUCUUUUGUUGGAUUUGACAUUGAGUCCUGAUGACCAGUAUAUUGUAACAGCUGAUCGAGAUGAGAAGAUCCGAGUUAGUUUGACUAAAGCACCGCAUGUUAUAGUGUCCUUUUGCUUGGGUCACAGAGAAUUUGUCAGCAAAAUAUUGGUACUGCCAAACUUUUCUGAUCUUCUUUUAUCUGCUUCUGGGGAUGGUACAUUGAGGCUCUGGAAGUAUAAAAGUGGGAAAGAACUACAUUGCUUUCAGUUGAAUAAUUUGAACAUAAGUGAAGCUGGUAAGAAUAAGAAGAAAUACGCAGUCUCAAGAAUAGCUUAUUGUUGUGAAGGAAAUUACAUUGCUGUUUUAUAUGACUGGCUGACAGUCCUGAAGCACAGGCCCAGCUGGAUCAACAUUGUUAGAUUCAAGAUCAAGAGUCGGAUUCUGAAUCAUGGCUCAGUAGCUGAGGUGGAAUAUGAAGGUGGACGUAAUGAGGCUGGUGAACGGCAUGGACAUGGGAAAGCCAGAUUACCCAAUGGAGAUACCUAUGAGGGAGAAUAUGCAAAUGGUAAAAGAAAUGGAAAGGGCCUAUACAGAUUUAAAAAUGGUGCAAGGUACAUUGGAGAAUACCUUGAAAAUAAAAAACAAGGCAAUGGGACAUUUAUUUAUCCAGAUGGAUCUAAAUAUGAAGGAGACUGGGUGGAGGACCAAAGGCAUGGAAAUGGAGUUUACUCUUAUAUAAAUGGAGACACAUACACUGGAGAGUGGUUCAAUAAUUAUAGACAUGGGCAAGGUACUUAUUUCUACGCCUUAACUGGUUCUAAAUAUGUCGGCACUUGGGCAAAUGGGCAACAAGAAGGAGCUGCUGAACUUGUUCACCUAAACCACAGAUUCCAGGGAAAGUUUGUGAAUAAAAAUCCACUAGGUCCUGGGAAGUAUAUAUUUGAUAUUGGAUGUGAGCAGCAUGGUGAAUAUUGUCAGGAGGAAAAAACAGAAGAGGAGGAGGAGGAAGAAGUUUUGAUACCAGUGACUCCAAAAUGGAAAGCAACAAAAAUUACCACCCUAACACUAUGGGUACCUGAAGAACCACCUCCUCCAAAAGCAACUCCAGCAGCUGCAGAAGGUCCAUUAGCUGAGGAACCUGGAGUUCCUGCAGCUGGUGAGGAAAGUGCUGCUGAAGGACCCUCAGAAAGUGCUGAGGCUGCUGCAGAAGCAGGAGAGGCCACUGAAGCAGUCUCUUCACCAAAAGAUAUGGAGGAAGAAGAGGAGGCAGCUAAAGAUGACCAAGCAGAUCAGGCUGAAGAAAAGGAAGAAGAUACAAAAGAAUCUGAAUUCCAAGAAUAAUGGACAUACAUAAAUUACAAAAAUAUGGAAAGAAAUUAGUUUUAAUUCAGUCACAUUAAAGUUCAUUAAUUGAGAAUUUGAACACUUAUUGAACUCGCUCACUGAAAUAAUUGGUUAAUUUUGCUGAGUAUAUGACUUUUAUUUCUUUAGUUUCUUAGUUGGUUUGCUUGCUUAAUGUUUGAAGCAACAGACUAGUUUCUUUUUUAUCUGAGGUAAGGUUUCCACUUCUAUCUUUACUCAUUCCUGCCCCUUUUCUUCCCUCCCUG